AGGCAAUGCUGUUUCAGUAUAAAAGCUCGGAGCGCAGGCGUCGAGCGACCAGAGCGACGCGAUGAGUCUUCAAGUUGUAGUGUUGUUGGCGGCGGUGGCGUGCGCUCGCGCGGCGUCGGUGGGCGCGGGCGGGCACGAGCCCAUCAUGCUCGACUACCACGACGCCUGGGGCGUGCCUGAAGCCACGCGCAUUCGACAGGCUGAGCAGGCUUUCGACUUCGACGGAAGUCGCAUCUUCGGAGGGUCCGCUGCUAGUGUUGGAGCGCAUCCUCAUCUGGGUGGUCUAAUCGUGGUCCUGCCGGACAACCGCCAGUCUGUCUGCGGUUCAUCUCUCCUGACGAACACGCGCUCGGUGACGGCGGCGCACUGCUGGAUCGUGCGCGGGCAGACGGCGCGCUCCCUGACCAUCGUGUUUGGCUCCAACCGCCUGUUCAGUGGCGGCGUACGUCUCACCACUACCAGCGUCACCACGCACGCCAACUACAACCCCAACAACUUGAACAACGACGUCGGCAUUGUCAACCACGGAUUCGUCUCCUUCACCAAUACUGUGAACCGUGUUUUGUUGCCUUCUGGCUCUAAUACCUUCGCUAAUACGUGGGGCGUUGCAGCAGGAUACGGAUCAACUGGCCACAAUGUACCCAUCAAUAAUAACCAGGGUAAGAACCACGCCAACUUGCUGAUAAUUUCGAACGCGGAGUGUAUGACGACGUUCGGUCCCACGAUCAUCUCGUCGACGCUGUGCGCGCGCGGCCAGAACAGCGCCAGCAUUUGCCCCGGCGACUCAGGCGGCCCGCUCACCAUCGGCAGCGGGAACAACCGCCAGCUCGUUGGCAUCUCCUCCUUCGUCUCGGCGCGCGGCUGCCACCUCGGCAUGCCUGGCGGCUUCGCUCGCGUCACCUCCUUCCGCUCCUGGAUCGAUGCCAGGAUAUAAACCGAUUCUAAGCUCUGAGGAGUGAGCACGAAAAACUAACGAAGUAUUGGUGUCGCUAUCGUCAAAGUUUUUAAGAAAGAACUAGUUUUUUUUACGUCCUGUAAGGGCGCCGCCUAGUUUCCAUAGAAAUGUUGACGAUAUGAGGUGAUAAAAAUAAUUUCUCGCUAGUUUUUGUUCUCACCCCUCUGAAAUGGAAAAAUGAAAUGGCUUUCUCAUUUACGGGGUUUUAUAUAUAAGAAAUGUGAUUAAUGAGAACAAUCCAAUAGGUGUGUCUAUUGCUUGUAACAUAAAAUAUGAAGACUAAUCGUAUGGACUAUCGUAUAAAAUAUCGUGAAGACAUUUAAGUGUAGUGUAGUGUAGUGUACGGUUCUGAGUGCUGUAUUGUAACAAAUUAAGAUUUUUAUUUAACUAACAGUAUAGAAAUAAUAAAGUGGGUCGCAA